AUGUUCGGAGUUUGUUCUGACAAAAGACCUAAAAAAUCAGAAGUCGAGAUAGAAAAAGACAAAUUAAAUACCUUAAAACCUAAACUGGAAAAAUCCUCUGACUCUCACGAAAAAGAAAACUUACAGAGUAAAAUUAGAGAAACAGAAAAUCAUAUUAGAGAAUUAGAAAACAAAGAUAAACCUAACAAUUCUAAUAAAUCAGAACAACCUAAAACAGAAUACGGAAAAUUAUUUCUAGUCGGAGCAGUUAUUCUUUCAGCAACAAUUUUAAUUUCAGAAUUCGCUACUACUGCUUCCUCAAAAUUUUUAAACUAUUUUCAGCCUAGUCAAGAUGCCUUUGUUAUUGAGUUAUUGGAAAAAAAGCAAAGAAUAUUAUCGGGGAAAACCAUUUUAGACGAGUUUGCUUGCGGUGGCACUGGACUUCACGCCUCCACUGGACCAAUUUUUAAUCCUCAUAAUUCUGCUUGUAUAGUAGGCGGCUCUUCCUCUGGUUCAGCCUGGGUAGUAACUGAAAAUUUGGUGCCUUGGGCCCUGGGACAUGAUACCGGAGAUUCUAUUCGCCGUCCGGCCUCCUAUUGUGGAAUAGUUGGCUUUAAGCCUUCUUAUGGUUUGAUUUCUCGCAGUGGUGUUAUUCCUAUGGCUUCUUCUUUGGAUACAGUUGGUAUUCUGGCUCAAAAAACCCAAGAUAUUAAAUCAGUAUUUGCUAUUAUUUCCCAAAAAGACCCUCAUGACCUUUUAACUACCGCAACUAAAAAUAAAAUAUUAUCCCACCAAAAAAAUAAAGUCGCAGUUGUGGCUGGAAUAGAAAAGUAUUUACCAAGUGAAUUAAGUGAUUUAUAUCAUGUCUCUAUUAAAAAACUAGAAAAGUUGGGAUAUACCAUUGAAAAAAUAACUAUACCCAAAAAAAUACGGGAACAUCUCCAAAUUACUUAUCUUAUCCUUUGUUCUAGUGAAUUAGUUAGUCAUCUCAAUUCUCUCCAAGGAAUAACUUAUGGAAUUAAGGAAAAUAUUAAUGUUAACCACAAACGGAGCAAACAUUUAGGGGAAAUAGUAAAACAACGGCUCUUAAUUGGUGCUUAUUUUUUAGAAAAUCAAGACACUAAUAAUACUGCUCCGCCAGCCGCUAAUUUUAACCACUCAUUUUCAGGUUUGCCAAUUGGAUUUAUAAAUGAUUUGCCAGUAAGUAUUAAUAUAAAUAGUAAUUAUGGAAAAGACAAAAGAGUUUUAAAAAUAGCCGAGGAGUUAGAAAAAGAAAUUAACUUUUCACCAAAUGAGUGA